AUGGCCGGCGUGCAGCAGGGCGAGAAGCAGCUCUUUGAGAAGUUCUGGAGAGGCACCUUCAAAGCCGUGGCCACGCCGCGACCCGAGAGCAUCAUCGUUGCCAGCAUCACCGCCCGCAAGCCGCUGCCCAGUGGGACGCUCAGCUGCCUGCCAUGCCCUGCGGAGGACAGACGUCCCGAGAAGCUGAGCAGCUGCGUGGUCAGGGAGUGCYCCACCACCAAUGGCUGUGCGAAGGGGAGGGAGAGACGAGACCAUGCCCACCGCAGGUCACGCAGCCUUUCGUAUGAUGGGGAGCGGCCGCUGCCAGUCCGGGGGAAGAAGAAGAAGAAGAAAUCUGGCCGCAAGAAGCGAAGGAGGUCUCCCUCCUACAGCCCUUCGCCCGUGAAGAAGAAGAAGAAGAAAAGCUCCAAGAAGCGAAAAAGAAACAGGUUGUCAUCAAAGAAGAGAAGGCACAGUUCUUCAAGCCCCAAAAGUAAGAGAAAGGAAGAAAGAAAACACAAAAAACACUCUCGUGGGCGCACCCGGAAAUCCCAUCGGCACCRUCGCUGCCACUCUCGCUCAGAGAGCUCCGACUCCCACUCCCCCAGCUGCCGCAGCAGGCACAGAGCCAGGUCUCGGGAGGAAGGACGUAAAACAAGGMGAAGACACUCCUGGCACCAUUCAAAGAUCACGGCAAAGAGAAGCUCCUCUKCAGAGGUUCAGGCCAGUCAAAAAGCCAGCCAAACCCUCCCACUCUACAGCUUCCUGUCUUCUAAGGAAGUAAUCUCUCAGUCAGGGUCUUCUGCUGACCUCUUUACCAAAACAGACAGCCCGCCUGGCAACCUAGCCAGCCAGAAUGGAGAGUAUCAUGAAUAUGACUCAGGAAACGAUACUUCCUCCCCUCCCUCCACUCAAACGAGCUCAUCCAGGUCAAAGGACAGCCAGGAGAAAAGAAGUCUAGUCCAUGAUGGCUUUGGCCAUGCCUUCUCGUCCGGGAAGCCCAAACUGGCCAACAGCGAUAACAGCUCUGAUUCAGGAAAUUCCUUCACCAGUUGCUUUUCCCAGACCAAGGGAACAGCUUUGGAAAAUCUGUCUCCAGAUGCCCAGGGACAAGACCGAAGAGCGUGCCUGUCCUCAUGUCUCAGCUCUUCAGAGGAGAAGAAGCGAAGCUUCCUCCCAUCCCCAGCCCCCAGCUCCCCGCUCAGGCCUUGCUCCCGCAGCGCGUCCUACACCAGCACGGGCCGAUCCUCCCCCGGCUCCAGCCGCUCCCGCUCCUCGCACCACAAGGCCUCUCCCAGGCACUCCAGAAGCAGGUCCUGCUCCUCGGGAAAGAGGUCUUCCUCACGUUCCCCCAGCUAUUCCUCCAAAUCCUGCAAAAAAAGUCCUGGGAGUAGGAGUUCGAGGCCUCGCCGGAGCCCCAGUUACUCCCRCUACAGCCGUAGCAGGGACCGCGAGCGAGAGCACAAGUACAGCUCCAGCGAGAAGGAGUCGCACCGGGAGCGUGAGCGGCAGCGGCGGCGCCGCUCCUAUUCCCCCCUGAGGAAACGCCGGAGAGACUCUCCCAGCCACCUGGAAGCUCGGCGCAUCACAAGUGCCCGCAAACGCCCCAUCCCCUACUACCGCCCCAGCCCCUCCUCCUCCAGCAGCGCCAGCAGCUAUUCCUCCUGGUACAGCAGCUUUAGCCGCUCCCCGAGCCGCAGCCGGAGCUACUCCAGCUACCGGACGAGCCGGAGCCGAAGCUGGAGCAGCAGCAGCGCCGAGGGCAGGAGCCGCAGCCGGAGCUCGGGCCCCAGGAGCAGCCGCAGCAGGAGCAGGAGCUAUGACUCAGGAGCCAGCUCCGGCAGCCUGCGUCGUUAGGGAGUGCCGCUGCUGGCUGACACCGCGUGCCGGCGUCACCGCCGCAUUCCUGGCAUUCUCCGCUUCCUUCCCACCUACCUGGCCAUCGAUAGCGAUCAUCCCCGAUACUGAUGUGGUGGCAUUGCCGGGUCCCCCUUCCCCGGUGCCCUGGUGCAGUCCCUUCACCCAGCGCGGAGUGGGUGGAUCA